ACAGGGACAAGGUGAGGACUCCGAGGGGGCGGGGCCUGGCCAAGGAGAGUUGCUUCCGGGUGAGUCCGCCCCACCCCCACGUGGGUUUACUUAGAGCCACGGCUGCGAACUCUACAGACUAGCCGGGGUUUCUGCAGCUCCGAGGCAGCGACCGGACCCUUGCUAAGCCCUCGUCAUGCAGCCCCAGUCUGUGCUUCACAGUGGCUACUUCCACCCAUUGUUGCGAAACUGGCAAGCAGCAGCGAGCACCUUCGAUGCCUCCAAUCUCAUCUACCCCAUCUUUGUCACGGAUAUUCCUGAUGCUGUGCAACCAAUCGACAGCCUUCCUGGCAUUGCCAGGUAUGGUGUGAAUAAGCUGGAAGAGAUGCUUCAGCCCUUGGUAGCCAAAGGCCUAAAGUGUGUCCUGAUCUUUGGGGUGCCCAGCAAGGUCACAAAGGAUGAGCGGGGCUCAGGAGCUGACACAGAAGACACCCCAGCCAUUCAAGCAAUUCAUCUGCUGCGGAAAGCUUUUCCCAGUCUCCUGGUAGCCUGUGAUGUGUGUCUGUGUCCGUAUACCUCCCACGGUCACUGUGGGCUCCUGAGAGAAGAUGGCUCAUUCCUGGCUGAGGAAAGCAGCAGGAGGUUGGCAGAAGUUGCUCUAGCCUACGCCAAGGCAGGCUGUCAGGUGGUGGCUCCAUCAGACAUGAUGGAUGGGCGAAUUGGUGCCAUCAAAGAAGCAUUAAUCACUCACGGGCUUGGCAACAAGGUAUCAGUGAUGAGCUACAGUGCCAAGUUUGCUUCUUGUUUCUACGGUCCUUUCCGGGAUGCAGCACAUUCUAGCCCAGCUUUCGGGGACCGACGAUGCUACCAAUUGCCUCCUGGGGCUCGGGGCCUGGCCCUUCGAGCUGUGGAUCGAGAUGUCCAAGAAGGGGCAGAUAUCCUGAUGGUCAAGCCAGGGUUACCGUACUUGGACAUUGUGAGAGAAGUGAAGAACAAGCACUCUGUCCUGCCCCUUGCUGUGUAUCACGUUUCUGGAGAGUUUGCCAUGCUGUGGCAUGGUGCCCGAGCCGGGGCCCUUGAUCUGAAGACUGCUGUUAUGGAGGCCAUGACAGCCUUCCGGAGAGCAGGUGCCGACAUCAUCAUCACCUACUAUACACCUCAGCUCCUACAGUGGCUAAAGGAGCCAUGAUAGAGAGUGCAAAAAUAUUAAAGACUAGAACUUUUUUUAAAAUGAAGAAGAAAAAAAAAAGCUAAGUCAAAGGCCUUAGAGAAGUGAAAACCAGAGUGAAAGAGGACUCUAAAUUGUACCCUUCUACCAUCUUCCUGCCCCCUGACACCCAUCCUCCUUCAUUGAUGGAAGCAAAUAAGAAGACUUGGUAAGCCCACAGACUUGGAACUUCACAGUGGGGCCCUUAGCACCUUGGUGGUCCUAUUGUUCAGACCCCCAUCACUCUUCCAGCUAGCUCCAGACCACUCACCCUGCCCCCUCACCUGGAUGCUCUAGUGAACAGAGAAUAAGCUCCUCUCCUCUAGAUAUUAUUAUCACAAAACCUCCAGACUUUAACUCUUUGAGUGUCCUAACUGCUAAGAUGGAGAGCCUACCUUCAACUGGAAUCAUUUCAAGCUAACAAAAACCAUCCAGCGAUGAAUAAACAAGGAGGACUUGGAAGAAAGACUUUGGUACAGCAGAAUCUCUGAGUGACAAUGGCAAAUGGGUACCAGAUGGGGAAGAAGAAAGCUUGCCGAUGGAGUGUAGCAAGAAAGAGUACUCCCUGGUCUUGGAGUUAGAAGACCCGGAUUUUUCAGUUUCCUCAUCUAUGAAAUGGGGAUCUUAUUACUUAUACUGCUUGCCUCAAAGGUCUUUGUGACAAAAGCACUUUCUAAAUGCCAUAAAAAUGUGAAUCAUUGUUAUUACCAUUAUUAUCUAUCUCCAGGGCUGAAAUUCACAACUCUAAAGUUAAGUUCUUGUUCUAUUGUUAUUGCUUCACGUGAAGGUAGAUUCUGUGAUUCUCUUAUAGGUUGGGGCGGUUCUGUUGGGGGGGGGGGGGGGUUGAUAGGAGAUUCCAUUGCCCUCAUGCCUUACAAGGGCUGGUUUUUUGGUUUGUUUGCUAUGUCUGAGAAACCAAAGGGCUGUGGUAUGGGAGCUUGCUGGAGAGAGGUAAGAGUCAGGGUUGUAUCAGGGGGAUUUGCCACCACAUUCUCUCCACCCUGCAGAGGUGGUAGGCUGCUAAUUGAACAAAACUUUCAAAGGAAUAGCCUCACUUGGUCACUCCUGGCCCCUGGUGCUGCCCUUCUCUCUCUCCAUCCCAACCCCCACGUCUCCCAGGGACAGAGGUUAGGGACCCUACCCUUUGUCAGCUCUUCUUCUGUGAGAGAGGAGGACUGAGACAACCCGUGGACUCUUUGUAUAUGUGCUCUUGUGCCCAAGUGCCUGUAAUGAUGUGGGAUAGGGGGAAGAGUUGCUGGUAGCACACAAUCCCCUACAAUGGGGUGUGUGUGAUAUUUUUCCUUCUACAUUCAAGUAAAAAUAAAUGUAUCCUGCAGCCCCCAAA